GGAGGGGAGGUUGCUAGUAGGUUAGUCAGUCGCAACUCGCGCUCCGUUGUAGAAGGUUGCUGGGUCGCCUCGCCUCCCGCACACACGUGGUCGGGAGUGUGUUGUUAGCGCGGCCUCCUGGCGAUGAGGGGAACUCUUACCACCGACCUGUGAACGCUCUAACACAUCAGUGGGAACUUGCGUGCUCCUGGGAGAGAGAUUUUGAUGAUAACACGAUUAACUCCUUGGGGUCAUUAUUAAACGUAAUUUUAGAACCCUACAAACAAUAAAUAAAGAAGAAAAUAACAAGCAAGUCAUCAAUGCACCUGUGCCCCUCCCUCCGUGGUGACAAAUGCGGCCUAACCGACAGAACAUCUGAGACUAAUUUCAUAAGUAUAUGUAACGGAGGAUUAAACGGUUGAGGAUAAGUCAUCAGUUUUCCUGGACCAGGCACGUCCCCUGCCCACGCACCAUGAAGCACGUCACCUUCGUCAUCGCCGCCUGCGUCGCCUUCAUACCUCCUGCAGUGCCAGAUGCGGCGGCGGCGAAGAGGGACGACGCGCAGGAGACAGGACAGGAGGGAACCAGCAGCUCCUCGCGGAUGAAACGUUCAGUGUUCCACCUGUUCAACAUGGUUACCUGCGCUACCGGCUGCAACCCACUCUCCUACAAGGGCUACGGCUGCUACUGCGGCUUCCUCGGCUCCGGCCUGGUCGUCGACGGCAUUGAUAAGUGCUGCAAGGGCCACGACUGGUGUUACGAGCACGCCAACUGCCUCGGCUUCGAUCACUAUCUUGCGCCCUACAGAUGGAAUUGUAACGGCGGGAACCCCUACUGUGUUGCGACGCGCGGGCCGCUAGGUGGCGUGAACAGCUGCGGGCAUCAGCUGUGCGAGUGUGACCGCGAGUUCGUGGAGUGCCUGAAGCAACACCCGUGCCCCAAGACCAAGGCCAUCUGCAUGACGUCACCGUGGAGGUACUGGCAGAACCUCUUCAUGGGGGUGUCCAGCGGGUCGGGGAUGCACCACGCAGACCAAUACUCACCACCAACAUCACCAUCACCAGAGGAAGACACACUAUACAAACCCCCAACACCUUUGUCAUCAUCACCAUCACCACCAUCGUCAGUUGAAAAAGAUAAAGCAUACAAACCACCUCCAUCAUCAGAGGAAGAUACACUAUACAAACCCCCAACACCUUUGUCAUCAUCACCAUCACCACCAUCGUCAGUUGAAAAAGAUAAAGCAUACAAACCACCACCAUCAUCAGAGGAAGAUACACUAUACCAACCCCCCCCACCAUCAUCAUCAGUUGAAAAGGAUAAAGAAUACACAUCAUCAUCACCACCAUUGACACCACCUUCACAGUCACCAUCGUCACAGGAGGAAGAUAAACACUACUCAUUAUCACUAUCGUUAUCACUGGAGCACGAUGAGAAGCACAACACGGUAGCCCCACCACCACCUUCAUCUUUUUCAUCAUCUUCAUUUUCACACGAGAAGAAAUACAGCACAGAUAGUCACCUUUUACACCAUCACCGCUGAAUUAGGACCCGUCACCCUCUACAGCACCAUCCCCCAGACACUAUCAUCCCUAUCCUCCUCCUCACAAUUACCAAUAUACAACAAAAUAUAACCCUCACCCCCUUCAUCACCAUCCCUAAAUAGAACAAUAGAAUCUGCUCCAUCACUCUCUUAAUCAUCUUUCCCCGACACUAUCACCCCCAUCACUAUCCUCACAGUUACUAGUAUACGACAAAAUAUAACCCUUGACCCCUCAUCACCAUCCCAAAAUAGAACCCCAGAAUCUGCUUCAUCAUCACCUCAUCACCGCUUGUCACUGCACAGUAGUCAGUCACUCCAACACCAGCACGACACCAGCCAACACCCCAGUGAAGCGUUCUGAGCCUUUCAUUUCCCUCGCAGCCCCUAGAAUGCCGGGUUUUCCCUCAGGCGUCGGCGUGGCCACCAUCAGCCCGGCGCCCUGUAGCACUGAGAGACGUGGAUGCCCUUGUGUUGUUGGCCUCCACUGAGAAGAGUAACCAUCGUCCUCACUGCUGUGGGUUCUGCGGUUCCAGAACGCUUCACACACCUGUAAAUAGUGUAGAUUUAGAGUGCACCUUUGUAGUUCUUCCCCUCGUAGAUGUGGCUUUGCCUUGCGGCGCCGCUGCUCACACUAUGUAUAUGUGGCACAGCAGUGGCAGUAGUGAGAUGACACCAGGACUACUGGUGCAAUCUCACCCUGUACUGUCGACCUGCUCUAUGCACCUGCUAACAGGUGAUAACGCUCUUCUAUCCCCCUUUAGCUUAACGCUGGGGGGGAUGGGAGGGGGGCAGGCUAGUAGGCGGCGUGUCAGGAUGGGAAUGGCAACUCCUGGCAAGGAGUAUCGGCAUGAAAGAUUAUAGAUAUUAGUUAUUCGCCCAUUUGUCUAUGGCAGCUAAAGUGAUGUAAAAAGGAUAUUUAUUUUAGUAUGUAUAAGGUCCAUUUAUUCUAGUUUGUUGAGUCAAAUUUGCAAAUACUUCUAGAUGCUUCUUUGAUAAAGGAUCACAUAUCUGCAAGGAACACUCUAAUAUGGAUGUCAGUGAAGUAAAUAUAUUAUAUAUAGAUACUGCAUGAUGUAGAAAAAUGUACAAAAACUAUAUAGGAAGGGAAGCAGGCAGAUGAUGCCACCGGAAGACUGGCGAUGAGUGGACGUUGCUGAGCCUCCCGCAGGACGUAUUGGUGGUGACCCUUGUGACACUUAGCGGCGCCUCAAGUGUUGUGGCGCGGCAGUGUGGCACAUACGCUUGUUGGUUGGCGGCAGCACACUCCUGGCCUAGUGACCAGUGCCUGGUGAUGUGGCACUUCUGCUGUCCCGUGACCCACGAGUUCCCUGCUAACCCCCAACCCUUGCCCUUGUCCCCCAGGAAUGUUAUCUUCCUGGGCAAGAUGGGCCGCCACGCCUCUCUGGUCCUGCAAACUCUCCUCUAGGCAGUCCCCACCCGCUCCGCCCCGCCCCGCUCAUCCGCUCAUCUCCCCUCAUCAUCAUUAUCACCUUCACCAGGACAUCUUCACCACCCAUCGGAGUGAUUGGACAUUCGUUUGUGGAGGCAGGGCCGCGGAGCGGACUGGCAGGGCGGUGGUCACCACCACCGGCAGGGACUUUACGAGGAGUCCCCAGCAACACACCCACCCGUUACACAGUACAAAGUGUGUCUGUCAGCGGCAAAGCGAUGGCGUGGGUCACUGAGCCACGCAUGAAGCCACGGAGGUCGUUCAUGUAAUGAUAAGUUUAUUGUAAUGAUAAGAUUAUUUCAAGGCCAAACAAAAAUGGUAUGUUUGUCAUCCCAUUUGUCAGCAGUAGCGUUAGCGUUAUGGAGGAUCCAUUGCCCUCCACGCUGUCCCUGUGUGUCCCCGAUGCUGGUAGCUGAGAGGCGGGUAUCGCCGCCUGUCAGCUGACAGCCAGAUCAGCUGUCAACGAAAAAUCGGAGAGAGUGAGGGAUGCUUGACAAGUGAAUAAUAAAGCGAGUGCCAAGUAGGGGUGCUACCGUUAGGGGAUGAGAGAUAAGUCUUUAGGUCCUUGGCGGCGAAGUAAUUUGGGUAAGGGUUACUUUAAUUAUAAGUGAAAGAUGACUGGGUGCCGUAUGUCUACAGCAGUGUUGAAAGUGGAGUAGAGAUACUGUGCUUCUUCUCCACUCAAACCACAUCUUCCACUCGACUUCUGCCACAGGGAGUCGAGGCUAACGGAGGAUAGUGCUCAGCUGACGCAUAAGGAUUAGUUCAUCAGUAUUCCUCCACGUUCCAUGUGUAUUUUUAAAGGAGCCUCUGAGCAAGGUAAUGUGCCUGAUCGGACUCUCGAAGGGAUCACGGGCAUUAUAAGUUAUUGCUCUAAGAAGCUAUAGCAUACUCCGCCAUGCUGCGUGGGGGUCGAAGUGGGAGCGCCAGGAGCUUCGGAACCUCAACUUGAAGGUUUUCCGUAAGAGCUGGUUGGUUUUGUGCCUUUUCGAUGUACAUAAUCCUGUAUCUUUGUAUAUAUAGUAACGAUAAUUUAUAAAGUGUAGGAGCUGCGAUGGUGUAAUUACGUUGUACAUUGAUGAAUUGAUUUUUGUCUCGACCUCAUUGAAAAGACAUUUCUUUGUCCUUCUGAGGAAAUAAAUACUUCUUUUUUUAA